GUUGUCGCCGACUUGGCUGCGUGGGGAGAAGAAGCCCCGUCCCCCGCCCCUCUGGCCUCCCGUCCCUUCUGCAACCAUCCAAUAACUUAACUCCCCUGCCAGGGAGGGGGCUGGCGGCCGCCCUCCCCUGCUCCGCCGCAUCUUGGCGCUGUCCGCGGUGCUGACCGCCAGUCCCCUGAUUGCCGUUUCCAGCCGCCGGGAUCUCGAAGGCGUCCAGCCUCCCCACCGGGCCUCCGACCUCUCUUUCUCCAGGCACCGCAGACAUAAAUCACGGUGGGAGACAGGCUUGGCUCCCCUGCGCCGGGAAGUCGCUGAUCCCCUCCCGCGGGCUCACGCACGGUUUUGCAGUAGUGGUGACAGCUACCGCCGAAGCAGGCGCUGGGGAAGCAAUUGAUUCGUCUCCUGCCGGCAGCCCGGAGUUGCCUAUGCGGACAGGAGAGGGGGAGACCGAGCCCAGCGAGCAGGGCUCACACCGGGGAAGCUCGAUCCAUGUGGAGGACAGUCUGACGGAGCCACCGUCUGCCCCCCGCCACCGGGACUGACUUCUCCGCGUCCAGCAGAGGCACCUCCGCCGACUGAGCUUUCAAACCAAGUCAUCGGGACUUAGUGUCCUCCCACCCGGCAGGGAAGGAGGGGUUGGCAAGAGCCGGGCUCGCCAGUCUCCCCUGCAAUCCGCCAGCAUCACGGAGCACCCGCCGUCCACUAUGACGGACACCGUGGUCAGCAACAGCGCCAACCGAUGGAUGUACCCCAGUGACAGGUCCCUGCAGUCCAAGCUCCAGGCAGGCUGGAAUGUCCACCCCAGCGGUCAGCCCGACAGACAGAGGAAGCAGGAAGAGCUGACGGACGAGGAGAAGGAGAUUAUCAACAGGGUGAUCGCUCGAGCUGAGAAAAUGGAAGAGAUGGAGCAGGAGAGAAUCGGACGCCUGGUGGACCGACUGGAGAACAUGAGGAAGAGCGUAGCUGGGGAUGGGGUGAACCGCUGCAUACUAUGCGGAGAGCAGCUGGGGAUGCUGGGCUCAGCCUGUGUCGUGUGUGAGGACUGUAAGAAGAACGUCUGCACCAAGUGUGGGGUGGAGACCUCCAACAACCGCCCGCACCCCGUGUGGCUCUGUAAGAUCUGCAUGGAGCAGAGAGAGGUGUGGAAGCGCUCUGGAGCCUGGUUCUUCAAGGGUUUCCCCAAGCAGCUCCUCCCACAGCCCAUGCCCAUAAAGAAGAACAAGCCCCAGCCGCCCACGAGUGAGCCUGCUGCCCCAGAGCAGCCCCCUGAGCCCAAGCACACGGCCCGCGUGCCAGCCCGAGCUGACACUGAAGACAGGAGGGGCCCGGGUCCCAAAACAGGACCUGACCCAGCAUCGGCUCCAGGGAGAGGAAGCUAUGGGCCUCCUGUGCGCAGGGCCUCCGAGGCCCGCAUGAGCUCAUCUACCCGGGAUCCAGAGAGCUGGGACCAUGGUCAAGGUGGGGGAGCUGGAGACGCCAGCCACAGCCCAGCGGGUUUGAGACGAGCCAACUCUGUCCAGGCCUCGAGACCCGCCCCCGCCUCGGUGCCCAGCCCAGCACCUCCUCAGCCUGGACAGCCAGGGUCCCCAGGGGGCAGCAGACCCGCGCCAGGGCCAGCAGGGCGCUUUCCAGAGCAGAGACCAGAAGUGGCUCCCAGCGACCCUGGCUAUACGGGAACCACGGCCCCAGCCCGGGAAGAGAGAACAGGGGGAGUUGGGGGCCCUUAUUCCCAAGCAGCUGCAGCUGCGCCCCAGCCUGCCCACGCCCCCGCCCGCCAGCCACCCCCGGAGGAGGAAGAGGAUGCCAACAGCUACGAUUCUGAUGAAGCAACCACCCUGGGUGCCCUGGAAUUCAGCCUGCUCUAUGACCAGGACAACAGCUCUCUGCAGUGCACCAUCGUGAAGGCCAAGGGACUGAAGCCCAUGGAUUCCAAUGGCCUGGCCGAUCCCUAUGUGAAGCUGCACCUCCUGCCAGGAGCCAGCAAGUCCAACAAGCUACGUACAAAAACCCUGCGGAACACCCGGAACCCUGUCUGGAAUGAGACCCUUGUGUACCACGGCAUCACGGACGAGGACAUGCAGAGGAAGACCCUCAGGAUCUCCGUCUGUGACGAGGACAAAUUCGGCCACAAUGAGUUUAUUGGGGAGACCAGAUUCUCGCUCAAGAAACUGAAGCCCAACCAGAGGAAGAAUUUCAAUAUUUGUCUGGAGCGGGUGAUCCCCAUGAAGCGCGCAGGGACCACUGGGUCGGCCCGCGGCAUGGCGCUCUACGAGGAAGAGCAGGUGGAGCGCAUUGGCGACAUUGAGGAACGAGGCAAGAUCCUGGUGUCCCUGAUGUACAGCACACAGCAGGGGGGCCUCAUCGUGGGCAUCGUGCGCUGUGUGCACCUGGCCGCCAUGGACGCCAACGGCUACUCGGACCCGUUCGUCAAGCUCUGGCUGAAACCAGACAUGGGGAAGAAGGCCAAACACAAGACUCAGAUUAAAAAGAAAACCUUGAAUCCUGAAUUUAACGAGGAGUUUUUCUACGACAUCAAACACAGUGACCUGGCCAAGAAGUCGCUGGACAUCUCUGUCUGGGACUACGACAUCGGGAAGUCCAACGACUACAUCGGAGGCUGCCAGCUGGGGAUCUCAGCCAAGGGAGAGCGUCUGAAACACUGGUACGAGUGUCUGAAAAACAAAGACAAGAAGAUCGAGCGCUGGCACCAGCUUCAGAACGAGAACCACGUGUCCAGCGAUUAGGGUCCUGGCCCCACCUCCCCAUCCCGCCCCUCUCCUGGGUCCCCCUCCAGCCAUCCCCGGCACCCAGUCUCUCUUCUCUGUGCCUACCUCCUCCUCCCCCUGCCCUCCCCGACCCUGCCUCACCUUGGACCCCCUCACCUUGGGCAUUGCUGCCAAAGACUUCUGCCCCCCACCCAGUGCUGGGCUGUGGGCUCUGAACGCAGCCCCUCUCUGGUCCCAAGGAUGAAGUGGCAGGGCUGGGGCUGGGGAGGUGUUUACAGAGAGGUGGUUCACUUCACAACCUCCCCGCGUAGGUAGACCACAAAGGUUCACCUGUGUCUGGAACUGUCUGUGGACCCUCCUGGCCUUGAACACGUGCACAUGAGGUCCCUUGCCUGGGUCCCGUCUGUGUGUGAGAGCAGCAUGGGGUGGAGGCAGAGCAGGCAGCAUCCCCAUGGCUCUUCCACACCCCCGCGAUGGCCAGAGGACACCCGGUGCCUGGAGAUGGGUACACAACAGGCAGAAGCAUCCGAGGGAGGGACGGGGCAGCCCUGGCAGGAAUUCAUUGACCUGCUCCUCAGCAAAAAAUAAGACUCCCUGUCAGUAGCCUUCUCCCUGCCUCAAGUCCCCCCGGCCUCCCCUGCCCUCCCCUUCUCCCUGCCCCCAAGGAUAAUAUAGCAAAAAACUAAACCAUGUAUCUUAACCCAGCCUCGCGCCCUGGCCUCCCACCAGCCUGACCAGCCAGCUCUAGGAGCUGGGUGACCCCUCAAGGUCCCCAGGGGCCACUCCUGCUGGCUUGUCCAGAUGUCCUCAGGCCUUGGGACUGCUGCUGGCACAGCCCAGGGGCAGGGCAACCUCCCUUGACUGUGCAGAUGUCUGGCCUCCCCGACUGGGCACGGGAGACACUUGGAAGACCAGGGCUCUGGGUCCAAGGGGACCUCCCCCAGCCCCUCCUUCCUCCUUCCUCUGUGCUUUGUUGAAUGAGCAAACAGCCCCCCCCACACACACACACACACACAGACUGUUGCCUUGACUCUCACCCAGAGCCGCCUGGAGCCUUCCAUCUCUCUUCCGUCUCUUGGACUCCUUUUUUCAAGUUUCCUGGGGGAAUCAAACAGCACCAUGGAUAGAACACUUCAAAGAGGGUUGGCCAGGUGCAGUGGCACACGCCUGUUAUCCCAGCAGCUCGGGAGGCCGAGGCAGGAGGAUCCUGAGUUCAAGACCAGCCUCAGCAACUUAGUGAGGCCCUAAGCAACUUAGCAAGACCCUGUCUCAAAAAUAGAAAGGGCUGGGGACGUGGCUCAGUGGUAAAUGGCCCCUGGGCUCUAUCCCUGGUACAAAAAGAUCAAGCUGAAGAAGAAGGACAGGCCCCGAGGCCAAAGGCCUUUGUCUCCUCUGUGAAUGGAGGUAGAGGUACAUUUCAGGUUGGGAUCUGGCAGUCUUCAGCACCCCAUGGGGAAGGUCUGGUUUUUCCAAUUUCAAUUAAGUCUUUCUCCAUAAAGAUCAUGCAAUGCCCAGCACCCCACAGACGCCAUCAGACCAACUCGUCCCAAAUCCACACCUUUUAACCUUCCCCGUGGAGGCCUCCAGCCCCGGCUCCCUGACUGCUCGCUGGAGGACCCACUUCUUGCCUUUGAAUAACCACUUUCUAAAUACCAAGCUCUCCACCUUCCCCAGGUGGCCAACAGCUUCCGGGCAGCCUUUCCCUCCUGACCUUGACCUGCCCUGUGAGGCCCCGUGGCUCCCAGCCACCUCCCUUCCACGGUUCGCCCCAGGAGAAAGCAUGCUGGCUGUCACCCAAGCCUGAUGCUGGUGUUGGGGCUAGAAUCAGCACGUGGCAAGCUCCCGGUGGCCCCUUCGGGCGCACCUGUCUCCGGACAGCUGUAACCACCUCCCGCCUCGAUACACACCCGUGUUCCGGUGCAUGCUCAACCGCCCACACCUUUCUUUGUGAUGCUGUAGCCAAAAAUAAAGUAGGAAUGUCCAGGAAAA